AUGUCCAGUGAGGAGAGCAUUAAGAAGGCCAAGAGUGCGUUGCAAAAGGCAUGCGACAAUGGUACCAGUCAGGACAUUUUGGAUAUCCUCACACAGCUUGGUAAAGUCAAAGCAACGCAAGAUCUUUUGAGGAAAACAGACAUUGGCAAGACGCUUGGCAAGUUGAGAACCCAUAGCGAUGCGACUGUAUCACAGAAAGCCAAAGAGAUUGUGAGAAAGUGGAAGGACGAUGUUGUGCAGAGUGCCAAAGCCAAAGGAGAUGGAAAAGCAACCACAACAACACCAAGUAGUAAUAAUAAUACAGCAUCAAACGCAAACAGUGGCCAAACAACCCCUCGGCGAUCAUCAGCUGCUUCAUCCACUGCUCCUUCACCAAAAUCACCAAAGUCACCCACCUCUGAGAAUGGUCCUCCUAGAACAAUCAAAUCGGAUGAUGUCAAAUAUCAGUCCACAGGCAAUGGCCCAAGAGAUAAGACCAUUGAGCUCAUGUAUAGUGCUGUAGCGCUUGGAAGUUAUGCAGAUUCUGAUUUACUUUUGAAACGAGCUCUGGCCAUUGAGAAGACGAUUUUCGAUGAAUUCGGAUUGAUGAAUGAUGGAUACAAGGCCAAGGUGAGAACAUUGGCAUUGAAUUUAAAGAGCAAGAGCAACCCUGGAUUGCGUGAAAGCGUCGUGAGUGGAGAGCUUCCUAUUGCCAAGCUGUGCACAAUGAGUGUGGAGGAUAUGGCAUCAGAGGAGUCGAAAGCGCGUGAUCGUAAAUUGGCUGAAGAGGCAUUAUUCAAGGCAAGAGGCGCUGGAUCGGCUCAAGCUGAAACAGACAUGUUUAUGUGUGGAAAGUGCAAGGGCCGGAGGUGUACCUACUUUCAGAUGCAGACUCGUAGUGCUGAUGAACCAAUGACGACCUUUGUCACUUGUGUCUCGUGCGGCAAUCACUGGAAGGUAAGCUAA